AAUGGAAACAAGUUGGCAAAAACUGCUGCAGGUAAGGAGGCUUGUGAUAUUGUGCUCUCUGUGGAGUUUUGGAAUAAAGUUGAAGAUUGUCUUAGAGCUUCAGCCCCUCUCAUUGUACUUAGAGUGGUUGAUGGUGAUGAGAAACCUGCAAUGCCAGAGGUCGCGGCACUAAUGAAACAUGCAAAAGAGAAGAUCAAGCUAAGCUUUGCUAUUGAUAGCAAGAAAAGCUUACUUAAGAGAAUCAUAGACAUCAUUGAGAAACGAUGGAUGAAACAAAUGGACCAUCCUUUGUAUGGGGCUGCUCUUUAUUUGAAUCCAGGAAAAUUGCAUCCUCUCAUUCGAGAUGAUGAUGAUGCAACUGUUGGCCAACUAAGAGGUUGUUUCCUUGAUGUGCUUGCAAGAAUGGUGGAUGAUGAAGAAACAAGAGCCAAGAUUGAUGCUCAAUCCUUAGACUAUGAAGCUCUUAGAGGAGAGGCCUUCUCAAACAAAAUGGCCAAGAACAACCUGGAGACAAUGAACCCACUUGAUUGGUGGCGUUCAUAUGGUGGGCGUGCUAUUGAGAUUCAAAGGUUUGCUAGGCGUAUUGUUGGUCUUUGCGCUUCAUCAUCGGGUUGUGAGAGAAACUGGAGUAGAUUUGAGUUUGUGAGUAUUGUUGUCUUUGUCUAAUUGUUUAAUUCUUAGCUUGUGUCUAGAAUUUAAGCCAACAAAUUAUUCUUUUGUAGAUCCAUACAAAGAAACGUAAUAGGUUGCUGCAUAAGAGAUUGAAUGAUAUUGUCUAUGUUUCCUACAACCGAAGGAUGAAGACCAGGUUUCAAAUAAGGCGUGAGAAGAAAGGGAAAGGUUUUGACCCUUUGGUCAUUGAAGAGUUCGAUUGGGAUAAUGAGUGGGCUGAUUCCUCCUAUGUGCAGCCUCAAGGUGCUCGUGGGUGUGAUUGUGGUGAGGAUGAGAAUGGCCUUACAUGGGAACUUGUUGAUCAAGCUGUGGGUGCAUCAAGCUCGCUGCGAGGCCGAAAUCUUCCAAGGAAUGCCAACAAGCGUGCAAGAGUUUCACACUCAAGGUUUGACUUUGAAGAAGAUUUUGGUUCAGCCAAUGAAGAAGAGGAGGACCAAGAUCCACAUGAUGAUGUUGAUGUGACUGAUUCUGAAGAUGCACAUGAUGAUGUUGGUGGAGAAAACACUGAGGCUGCUCCAGAUGAGUUCGAAGAUGGAUAUUGACUCACUAAGAGUUGGCUGAUUUCAGAUUUGCAGCUUACCUAUUUUUGUGCAGUGCUUCAAUGCUUCACUGCUUGAGUGCUUGUGCACUUAAUCAACUAGUCUUAUAAUCUUUUGAUUGAUCUAUGUCGCUAAGUCAUUAUGGGGCUGGACUGGAACUAAUUAUGUCACUAAGACUAGCAGUCUAGCAUAUGUUGCUGCUGCUAUUUUAUUCCCACCAAUGUAUUGUGGGUUUAAUUUGAUAUACCUGUCUGCUGCUGCUAUUUUAUGUCUUACUGUUUUAAUAUGUCAAUAUUCAUAGGUUAAUGUAGCUUGCAGCUUGAAAGAAAAGAAGAGGGGUUGGAUCUUCGAUAAGAGAGAGAUGGAUCAUGGAUGCUACAAGAACAACAAAGAGAAGUGCAGAGUACAUACCAAAGCAUGGACAACAAAAAGGCUUGUAUUGUAUUCUCUAACCUUACCAAUUUUGCUAUUGCAAGUGUUAGAUUGUUAGGAUUUUUUGCAUAUCCUCGCCUAGGCGAUCCUCAUAUGGCGUCGCCUCGCCACACGCCUAACUCGCCUAGGCGUUUGGAAGGGGGGCGGUCGCCACGCCUCGCCUUAACACCUUAAUAACCUUGGAAACUUGAACUCACAAAGUUUCUCUUAUUUGGUCUCUGUAUGGUGGAAUUAUGUCAUUUUAUAAUCUUUGUUCGUUCAGUCAGUCGUUGUGAACUCUCUUCUAAUCGCUCACUUGAUUGGCCAUGUUGUAUCAAGACAUAUUGCAUGGAGUAAAAAAUAAUAUCAGUUAGCCAAAUCAAAAAAAAU